AAGGGGCCCCGUCGGCACCGGCGCAGACGGCGAGGAACAGCUGCAGAGCGGUGCUCCUUCACCCAAUUACAGUGACGAGAGAAAAGAGACAGGGAAAAAAAAACUAAACAAAAAAACAGUAUAUUUAAAAUUUCACUCAUACCGUAGAUUAAACAAACCAAAACUUUAAACAUGGUUGACCGUGAACAGCUGGUUCAAAAAGCUCGACUAGCUGAGCAGGCGGAGAGAUAUGAUGAUAUGGCAGCAGCCAUGAAAUCGGUAACAGAGCUGAACGAAGCUUUGUCUAAUGAGGAGAGAAACCUCCUUUCUGUGGCGUACAAGAACGUGGUAGGUGCGCGCCGCUCCUCCUGGAGGGUGAUCUCUAGCAUUGAGCAGAAGACCUCAGCUGACGGCAACGAAAAGAAGAUUGAGAUGGUGCGAGCCUACCGUGAGAAGAUUGAGAAAGAGCUGGAGGCUGUGUGCCAAGAUGUGCUCAGCCUGCUCGACAACUAUCUGAUCAAGAACUGCAGCGAUGCACAGCAUGAAAGCAAGGUGUUCUACCUGAAGAUGAAGGGUGACUACUACCGCUACCUGGCAGAGGUGGCUACAGGCGAGAAGCGAUCCACAGUGGUGGAGUCUUCCGAAAAGGCAUACAAUGAGGCGCAUGAGAUCAGCAAAGAACACAUGCAGCCCACACACCCCAUCCGCCUGGGCCUGGCACUCAACUACUCGGUUUUCUACUAUGAGAUCCAGAAUGCACCAGAGCAGGCAUGUCACCUGGCCAAGACAGCAUUUGAUGAUGCCAUCGCUGAGCUCGACACCCUCAACGAGGACUCCUACAAAGACUCCACGCUCAUCAUGCAGCUGCUCCGAGACAACUUGACACUGUGGACGAGCGAUCAGCAGGAUGACGAGGGCGGCGAGGGCAACAACUAAGUGGUAGCUCUUUCUCUGUGCAGAAAAAUGAUUUAAGAAAUAUGGCUGGUGGACUUUGGCAAGCAGCUUUCGCCAUGGUUUCCUCUGCAGCGGCAGUUCUUUAUUUUUCCAUGAAUUCAAAAAGAAAAAAAAUAUUGAGGGCAGUUAAAAAGGGGUGGGGGCUGAAGUCUUAGUUUGAGGAUAAACAGAAAUAUAUAAUAGCUGAAAGCGCCCUUGUCUCGGUUCUCUAUGACGUUUGCCAAACCACUGAAAAUGUCAGUCAAUCAGCCAGGAAGGGGUCGUCGUUGGUUUGGAAUUGCAGCCACGCACUGGCAUAUGGACUGAUGUAGUUCAAAGAGAUAAAGAGAUGUUGCUGAUUUAUGUUUCUGGGUAGUAGAAAAGCAUUUGAAAAAGAGGGUGAGCUAAAAAACAAACAAACAAAAACCACUUGAAUUUACUGUCUGAAAAAUAGCCUUAAAUGGUUCCAGUUUUAGUCACAAAAAAGAUUAACGUAUAUAAGGCAAAUCUGUGAGUUUAGCAGCUGCAGUAAAAUAAACAUGGCAUAUUUAAUCAGAUUACUCUAAUGUUUUGACCUCCAGAAUAAUCACAUAUAGAGUAACAAAACAAAAUAUUAUGGCCAUCAUAGUCCAAUGUUACUGGAACCAUAGGUUAUUUUGAAAGGUCACAUGUGAUAAGAGGCAGACUUAAAAAAAUAGAAAAUAAGAAAAAUAUUGCAGCUUCAAAGUUUGUGGUUUACUUCUGUGUUUAAUUUAUUUUUGCACUUGCCAACUAUACUGUUUUGUCAGUGUAAGAUAAUGAUACUAUCAAUGAUUCAAUAUUGUGCAUGCUGGUGAUGUAUUUAUACAAUAGCUUGACUUUAUUAACUUAUACCUUGGAUGUUAUGUAUUCCUAUGAUUGAGAAGUAAAACAUGCUUCAUAUUGAUUACUUCUUAUUUAUCUUUUUUGAUUUGCUAAUUUAAAAAUUGUGAUUGUUAUGAAUAAAUUGAUCUGUUAUGGGCGUUGCUGUUGUGACAUGAAAUAUGUUUUAUUUCUUUAGCUAGACUGAAAUUUGAAAAACACUAUUGAUCACUUAACUGUGCACGUGUUUUUCCUCACUAAACUAUAUCAUGACAUUGUUUAACAAUGUUUCUGCUCUCAGCGAUUUAUGAGUGCUUUUUUUUUGUCAUGUUAUGCACAAUGCAACAUGUAUGGUUUGAGCUACAGUGGAGUAUCAGAAUCAGUGUUUCUGUGACACAAUCAGAACAUGGACCAUAAAUUGUAUUUGGCAGUAUUAAUUUUUUCAUUCAUAUAUUUAUUUUUGUUUCCUUUUUUAACUUUUAGCUGUCUGGGUAACACUUAUCUUGAAUGUGAAUAAUUAUGUAGCAGUUGCACAAGAGCCAAAAUAAUGAGACAUGAAAAAAAAGUAAAUAAAUAAAGAAAAAAAAGUGG